AACUGGAACAGGCACCUCCCGACACCGCGCUGGUUUCACGCCUGCGCAGAGGGCCGAUCCAGUGUUUUCCGGCCGAACUGUGGAAUUUGUGAGGUAGGCCGGAAGUGGUGUUGCGGAGAGAAUGAGGGGGGAUCGGAGCUGCAGCUUCGCUGGAGAGACCUGAAGCUUGCGGCCUCGGGCUCGGCCGGGUCGCGGCAGCUAGGCUGGAGGUCAAGAAUGCAUUCCCAGGAAAGUUCCAUAAAAAUAUAUCAUCAGCUCCAACCUGUUAUUUGACCUAGCCAUGGAAAACCUCACUGGCUCCUUACUAGAUCAGACCAUAAAUAUGAUUAAGGAAUGGAAAUCUAAGAUAAAUUUCCACUACUUGAAGAUGUUCAGACACAAGUCAACAGUUUAGCGGAUCAGCUAGAUUCUUUCAUCAUCAAGCAGACAUACUCAAGGUACCAGCACAGCAAAGGGCACAAAAUGUCUCUAUAUCAGUAUUUUUCACAAUAUGUGUGAGACCCAUUAGUGAGGCGUGAAAGCAAUUCUGUGAGUCAUAAUGAAUAUUUAAAAAAAACAAAAACAAAAUAAAAUGUAAAACAUUAAAGUGUUUUGCAUGAAUCCUUUGCCUGAAUUGUGCACACUGCAAGGAAUGCUGAGGUCAAUUUCAAUUUGUGAGAAAGGUAUUUGAUGGAGGGGAUAGGAUGGAUAGAAUGUAUAUUAGCCAAGAAAUGAUUUUCGGGCAUUUGCUCCUGGGUGUCGUGCUUGAUUUUCAUAAUAGCAAGGUUAAUGCAUAGUCAAGUUUUAUAUUAUAGUGACUUGCAACUAGUUGUGAAGUCUGAAAUACUCAACUGAGAUUCAGUUGCAAACUUUGAGUGUAGUUUUGAAAAUAUGUUAUUUAGACUCUAUAUUUUUUUCUUCUUUUUUGAGUUAGUGCCAAUUACAACAUUUUAAUCAAACUGAAACAAAUUGUUAUUAGAAUGGAUCAUUUCUUUAUUAAAAGAAAGAGGAAUAGUGAAGUGAAAUAUGCAGAAGCAUGUUCGAAUUCAUCUGUUGAAUAUGGAAUUGUGAAUAGUGGCAAUAUUGAGAAAAAUACUGAUUCUAAUCUGCAAAUUUCAACUUCAUUUGAGCCACAUUUCAAAAAGAAAAAAGUAAGUGCGAGACGUUAUAAUGAAGAUUACUUAAAAUAUGGCUUUAUCAGAUGUGAAAAACCGUUUGAAACUGACAGACCUCAGUGUGUUAUUUGUAAUAACAUUCUUGCGAAUGAAAGCUUAAAACCUUCAAAAUUAAAAAGGCACUUAGAAACUCAGCAUGCUGAACUUAUUGAUAAGCCUCUUGAAUAUUUUCAAAGGAAGAAAAAAGACAUAAAAUUAUCAACACAGUUUCUUAGUUCUACCAUUAGUGAGAAAGCCUUAUUAUCAUCAUAUUUAGUUGCAUAUCGUGUGGCAAAAGAAGAAAUAGCUAACACAGCUGCUGAAAAAAUUAUUCUUCCAGCAUGUUUGGAUAUGGUACGUACAAUAUUUGAUGAUAAAUCAGCUGAUAAAUUAAAAACUAUACCUAAUGAUAACACAAUAUCGCUUCGAAUUUGUACUAUUGCAGAACAUUUAGAAGCAAUGCUUAUUACUCGGUUACAGUCUGGUAUAGAUUUUGCAAUCCAGCUUGAUGAAAGCACUGAUAUUGAAAGCUGCACGACACUUUUUGUUUAUGUCAGAUAUGCAUGGCAAGAUGAUUUUAUGGAGGAUUUUUUGUGUUUUUUAAGUUUAACCUCACACCUAAGUGGAUUAGAUAUUUUUACAGAAUUAGAAAGGCGCAUAGUUGGCCAAUAUAAGUUAAACUGGAAAAACUGUAAAGGAAUUACAAGUGAUGGCACAGCAACCGUAACUGGAAAGCAUAGCAGAGUAAUUGAAGAAUUGCUAGAAGUUACUAAUAAUGGUACUGUUUGGAAUCAUUGUUUUAUACAUCGUGAAGGUUUAGCAUCCAGAGAAAUUCCACAGAAUCUCAUGGAAGUAUUGAAAAAUGCAGUGAAAGUUGUUAAUUUUAUUAAAGGAAGCUCACUGAAUAGCCGGCUUCUUGAAAAAUUUUGUUCAGAGAUUGGAACUAAUCAUACCCACUUACUAUAUCAUACCAAAGUUCGUUGGUUGUCUCAAGGGAAAAUACUAAGCAGGGUUUAUGAGCUCAGGAAUGAGAUUCACUUCUGUCUCAUUGAAAAAAAAUCUUAUUUGGCAAAUAUUUUUGAAGAUGAUAUUUGGGUAACAAAAUUGGCAUAUUUAACUGAUAUUUUUAGCAUUCUUAAUGAACUGAGUUUAAAACUACAGGGGAAAAACAGUGAUGUAUUCCAACACGUCGAACAUAUCCAGGGAUUUCGCAAGACAUUAUUGUUAUGGCAAGCAAGACUCAAAAGUAAUCGUCCUAGCUACUACAUGUUUCCAAGAUUUUUGCAACAUAUCGAAGAGAAUAUUAUUAAUGAAAACAUUUUGAAAGAAAUGAAAUUAGAGAUAUUGUUACAUCUCACUUCUCUAUCUCAAACUUUUAACCACUUUUUUCCAGAAGAAAAAUUUGAAACAUUAAGGGAAAACAGCUGGGUAAAAGAUCCAUUUGCUUUUCGAAGCCCUGAAUCAAUAAUUGAGCUAAACUUGGUGCCUGAAGAAGAGAAUGAAUUAUUACAGCUUAAUUCUUCAUAUACAUUGAAGAAUGAUUAUGAGACCUUAAGUUUAUCAGCAUUUUGGAUUAAGGUAAAGGAAGACUUUCCAUUGUUAAGUAGAAAGAGUGUCCUGCUAUUACUACCAUUCACAACUACUAGUUUGUGUGAACUAGGGUUUUCUAUCUUCACCCAGUUAAAAACAAAGGAAAGAAAUGGGCUGAAUGGUACAGCAGCUAUGCGUGUAGCAUUAUCUUCCUGUGUUCCAGACUGGAAUGAACUUAUGAACAGGCAAGCACAACUAUCAUAGUAAAUAAAGUCUUACCUAGUUUUUGUUUUUGUAUUUGUUAUUUUGUAGUAUUAUUCUAUAUUAUAUUUAAAUGGGACUAUAACAUUGUAUGUGAUACUUAUGCUUUAAUUUUUGUUAUAUUUAAUAAAAUUAUUUUAUGUCACUGAAAAAAAAAAAUUAAUGAAUUUCUGUUAGAGGCCAGGAAUUAUUCCAGAGACAUUUGGGAUACAAAAGUGAACAAAACAGAUAAUUCCCUAGUGGAUUUUAUAUCCCACUAAAGAGAAAUUGACAAUAAACAUAAUAAAUAAGCUUUAUAAUAUUUAGAAGCUCUUAAGUGCUAUGGAAAGAGUAGUAACAAGUACUGGGAAACCAAACCACGAAGGAUUCUGUAGACUCUUAUUGGGCCUCUGGCUUUUGUCAAUGGAAUAGAGAACAGUUGAAGUGUUUAAGCAAAGGAGAGAGAUGAUCUGAGUUAGGUUUUAAAACACACUCCGGUCACUAUUUUAAAUUCUUAGAAUAAGUCUGGAUUAAAUGUUACUCUCCCCUCACUAGGCAUGUGGCUCAGAUCUGUAAUCCCAGCACUUUGGCAGGCCAGGGCAGAAG